AUGCCACGUUCAGCACCGUACUUUUUUGCCGAAGGGGAAUCGGGAGGUUUUCCCAGUUGGUUGCUUAAAUACGAAAAUCUCAAUGUGAGAAUUUCCGAGGAGACGUUCAUGAGGUACGUGGGGCGGUACUUGAGCACGUUGUUGUCGAUUCUUGCAAAGUACCAAUUUACAAAUGGAGGUCCGAUUGUUGCGUUUCAAGUCGAAAAUGAGUGUGGGAGUAGUCCGACAAAUGAUAAAGUGUAUCUUCAACAGUUGUAUGACAUUUUCAAACACUAUGGAAUCGUGGAGUUGCUAGUGACUGCUGAUAGUCCGAAGAGAGGAACUGCGGGUACUCUUCCAGGACUUUUGUUCCAGACUGCGAAUUAUGAAUCAUAUCCAGUCGAGCUAUUAGGGGCACUUGAAGAAAUGCAACCCGGAGAACCUCUAAUGGCGAUGGAGUUUUACUCAGGGUGGUUCGACCACUGGUCGGAAAGUCACCAUACCAAGUCUGACGGUUCGGUUAGACGAGAUUACGAAGCGACUUUGACGUAUCCUGCGUCGGUUAAUUUAUAUAUGCUCCACGGUGGUACCUACUGGGGUGUUUUGAAUGGUGCAACCAUCGGGCCUGGGGAUAACUCAGGACUUGCUCCAACCACGUCCAGUUACGACUACAACGCACCAUUGACUGAAGAUGGCGACUAUACCAGCAAGUACGACAUGAUUAAAGGGUUAAUAGAACAGUGCAACCCAAUACAAACCCUGACACCGGAACUACCUGUACUAAUCGAGCGUCAAACCCAUCCAGCGGUACCAAUUAAGAGUCAACUAAGUCUAAACGACAUUCUUUCUAAAUUUGACGAUUCUAUACCAAGUAGUUUGAGCUUUUCGGCGGACUCUACUUUGAUCUUCACGGGUCACAUUCGGGACACCGUGAUGAUUCUAAUAGACGGGAUUUUAAUAUCAAACCCGUUGACAAGCAGUGACGAUUUGAACAACUUUGGUUACUGGAGGUUAGACAAUUCAACAAUUACUUUAACCAAGUAUCCCUGA